GUGAGCGGACAGAAGGACGGGACGAGAGGAGCGCUGUGGAGGAGUUCCGUCUUAGCGGGAGCAUGCAGCGGCCCACUGCAGGCAGCGUCCAAAAAUAGAGCCCUCUGUUUUUGUUUUUUUCUUCUUCCUCGUCUUCUUCUACCCCCUUCUCCUCCUCGGCGCUCAAAGAAAAGGGAGAGGUUUCACACAGAAAAGUUCACUGCCGGACGGAGAGCAGUGAGAGGCAGAGGAAGCUCUCCGGAGAUGAACCGAGGAGGGUCUUUGAGGAGGCGGCUCUCCUCUCUGAGGGGGGCCUGGAGAUGGAGUACAGGCCAUCUUUUCAGGAAGGGCUCAACAAAAUCCUCAAAGAGCAUGGAGUCACGGCGCAGACCAUCCAGGAGUGUGAGUCUGCUGCAGGCCCUGGAGGAGAACUACGAGCUGGACCUGGUCUACAUCACAGAGAGAAUCAUCUCCGUCUCCUUCCCCGGCAGCGUGGAGGAACAGAGCUACACCAACAACCUGCGGGAGGUCGCCUCCAUGCUGCGCUCCAAACACGGACACAACUACCUGCUCUUCAACCUCAGUGAGAAGCGUUAUGACAUCAGCCAACUUCAUCCAAAGGUGUUGGACUUUGGCUGGCCUGACCAUCAUGCUCCAGCUCUAGACAAAAUCUGCAGCAUCUGCAAAGCCAUGGACACCUGGCUGAGUGCUGACAGCCACAACGUGGUGGUCAUACACAACAAGGGCAACAGGGGCAGGACUGGAGUGGUGGUGGCGGCCUACAUGCAUUACAGCAACAUAUCUGCCAGUGCUGACCAGGCUCUGGACAGGUUUGCCAUGAAGCGUUUCUAUGAAGACAAAGUGCUUCCUGUGGGCCAGCCAUCGCAGAAAAGGUAUGUGGAGUACUUCAGCGGUCUGCUCUCCGGGCACAUCAAGAUCAACAACAAACCGCUGUUCCUCCACCACGUCAUCAUGCACGGCAUCCCCAACUUUGAGUCCAAAGGAGGUUGUCGUCCUUUUCUCAAAAUCUACCAGGCCAUGCAGCCCGUGUACACAUCUGGGAUCUAUAAUGUCCAGGGGGACAGCCAGACCAGCAUCUGCAUCACCAUUGAACCUGGACUUCUCCUGAAAGGGGACAUCCUGCUAAAGUGCUACCACAAGCGUUACCGCAGCCCAUGCAGAGAUGUGAUAUUCAGGGUGCAGUUUCACACCUGUGCUGUUCAUGACCUGGGGAUAGUGUUUGGGAAGAACGAACUCGAUGAGACAUUCAAAGAUGACAGAUUUCCAGAGUAUGGAAAAGUGGAGUUUAUUUUCUCCUUUGGACCAGAGAAAAUUCAUGGUCAAGGUGUGGACCACCUGGAAAACGGGCCAAGCGUCUCGGUUGACUACAACACGCAGGACUCCCUGAUCCGCUGGGACUCGUAUGAAAACUUUAAUCAGAGUUGUGAGGACAACACAGACGAAGUUAUACACACCGAAGGACCACUGGAUGGCAGCCUCUAUGCCAAAGUUCGCAAAAAGGAGUCUAUUGAAGGAGCAGUCACAGCAAACGGCCUCCCACCCACUGCUGCUGAACAUGCCCUACCUGCAGUUGAUCAUGCCCUGUCAGUGAGCAGCGACUCAGGAAACUCUACUGCCUCCAUCAAAACUGACCGAACUGAUGAAGCGACAGCAGCACCUCAGACUUCCACAGUGAGCCAGGCACAUGUUUCCGUAGGUGAGGAGCUUCACUCAGUCCGUCCUCACACCCCGCCAGCUCAACAACCAAUCAGUCCACAAGAGAAACAGGAGCUGGAGCAGCUGCUGAGUGGAUUGGAGGGGCCCAUGCAUCGGCAGGGCUACCUGUCCACCCCAACCUCUGCUGUUGGGGGAAUGCUUCACCUUGUGCCUGCACAGGUCCAUGUGAAUGGGCACAAUAGCAUUGACCGUGAGACAGACAUUUUAGAUGAUGAGCUGCCAACCAGUCAAGAGGGCAACAGUGUGGACAGUCUAGGGACGUUCUCUUCCACAGAUGGACGGGCUACUCCAGCUGAUCUUUAUUACCAGUCUGAGUCACUUAUCAAUGGCCAGGACCAUGUGCCAUAUCUAGAGCGCAGCGUCCCAGAGAAGCCUCUGGAAACCGUCCAGAAACAGACUGGCACGUCCGACAAACAUGUCACUUUGACCCAAAGUGAUUCAAGUCCAUCCACGGAUAAUUACAUUGCUAACCAGAAUGGCAAUUUGUACCGCUCUCAGUCAUUUGGUGCAGAGCCAAAGUCUAUGCCUCCAGCUCCCACCCGCACCACCAGUAGCAGGGAUGCCGUUCAACGUGGUCUCAAUGUUUGGCAGCAGUUUGGGGUACCCGAGGAGCCAGUAACUGAAGGCCUCACUUUUAGUCCACCUCCCUCUGUGGCCGUGAUGCCCAGCCACCACAGCCUCCCACAGUUUCCCCAUCGCCAGAGUGCCUCCCAGCAAGAAAUUGAGCAAUCUAUUGAAACCCUUAAUCUCCUCAUGUUGGACCUGGAACCAGGCCGUUCACUUGUGCCAAAAUCCCAAAGUGCUCCACUACGGGAAAACAGUGUUGUAGUGACUACUCAGCCGUCCUUCUCCCAGAACCAAACCAGGCCCUCCUACACUCCAGAUGCAUCAGUCCAUACACACUAUUCUGGCCCUAUGGCCACACUUGCAGGCAACUCUAUACAAGGUCAAAUGUCACCUGGAAAGCCCAGUACUCCAGAGCCUACACCUCUUCAGGGAUCUUUAAGAUACACAUCUGAAAUGGCUGGAUCCAGCCCUUCAUCGCAAACACCACCCACAGUAACUGGUCACAUCCAGCUCAAGCCCAUCAAUACCUACCCUCCAAGCGCAUUGCCCCAGUCUUCAGAGGGCUCUGAGCCCCUGAGAAGCCCGGCUGCUGCUUCAGCAACACCACAGACAAGAGAAAGUGACGCUGAUGAGGUCUUCAAUGUUGAGGGUCUGGUGGCCCAAAGAGUUGCUGGUGUCCAGGCCCGCACAGUGUCCUUGGAUGAGCCUGCCACUUUGCCCCGCCGACGCAUCACCAGUGACGGAGAGCACCAGAACGGUUCCAAUGAGUGUGACUCCGCUGACGUCCCGAUUCGCUCCCCUGUCCGCUGUGUUUCUCCAGAGUUUGUCAAUGCCAUCGCGAUGAAUCCUGGCGGACGACCUAAAGAGAGACACAUGCACAGCUACCGGGAGGCCUUCGAAGACAUUGAGGGUGGCCCCAUCAGUCCUACACCCACAGUUGGUGGUGAGGUGUUUCCCCAAACCCCUGCCUUCCCCAUCUCGCCGCAAACCCCUUACUUCAACCUGUGUCGGUCCCCUCCUGGUCUGGCUAAGACUCCACUGUCAGCUCUGGGUUUGAAGCCCCACAACCCAGCAGAAAUCCAUCUCAAUCAAACAGGCUCAGCACCAAGAAGCUAUGUAGAGUCUGUGGCAAGGUCUGCGGUGGCAGGAGGAGAGCAGCCAGCGUCUCCACAGAACGUUAGCCCACCAGGAGAGACUACAGGCCGGCAGAGAAGUCCGAGUCCGCCAUCCCACACGCUGAACCCUCCUCUGUCCAGCAGCAGCCCCAUCCAGAGCUCACAGGGUGAGCAGCCCUCAGCAGAGAGCAAUGUUAGCACUCCGUCCCAACCAACCACUGAUUCAGGCUUCCGCUCCCAGGCUACAGAGAGUGCCUACCCCACUCCCACCCCUUCAUAUCAAGUCCUGAAUACCCCGACUCCUUCCUACCUGGAUUCAAGCUCUCCAACCUCUUCCUACUUGGGCACUACUACCCCUAUGCUGUCCUACCUUGGCCCCAGCACCCUACUAGGGAGCUAUGGGCCCUCGGAUCACAGUAUGCCCAACUCAGAACCCUCUCAGACAACAUUCAGCCAUGGAAGUCCCCUCGCACAGCACAGAACAAAUAUCUACAACACUGUUCAACAGCAGCACUCCAGCUCCAAUCAGAUUGAUUCCAUUUUUGGUCAGCAAGCAACACCUGCCAAUGGCUUUGAUGUGGGUAUAGUAGGGCUAGCUGGCAGUCCCAGCCAUGGUCGUUGUCCAUCUCAGGGUGCACAGAGCAGCCCCGUCCACAGCAGACAGGCCUCUUUGGGACAGGGGUCUCAGCGGAGCCCAGUUCUCAGCAGACAGCCGUCCUUGGGCCAUCCUAUGCAGAGUAGUCCUGUGCUCAGCCGACAGCCAUCUAUCACACACCAACAUGGAAGUCCGGUUUUGGGACAUCAUCCAUCUGUGUCCCAGGUGUCCCAGAGAAGCCCCAGUUUGGACCGUCACCCCAUGCACAGUGGUUACACCACCCCAGAUGAGAGACAUGGGAACCUGUCCAGACAGAGCAGCUCUUCAGGCUACCAGGGACCGCCAACUCCUUCCUUCCCUAUCUCGCCUGCAGGCUACCAGGAUGGAGGAAUGAUGGGGAUGGGUGCAGGCUUCAGGCAGGGUAGUCCAGCACCAAGUUUCCAGCCCCAGCUUCCAGAGAAGCGACGGAUGUCGAGUGGCGAUAGACCAAAUGGAGCAGUGUCCUAUGGCACAAUGAAUGGGAAGAUCAUGUCCCCAAUGAGUGGGGGAGGCACUCCUGGCUACUUCCACACCCUCUCUGACUUCUCUAGGUUCAAUAUGCCAGAUGGCAGUCCAGAGAGCAGGCUUAAUGUCAAGUUUGUCCAAGACACGUCCAAGUUCUGGUACAAGCCAGACAUCUCCAGGGAGCAAGCUAUUGGCUUGCUGAGAGAGAAGGAGCCUGGGGCCUUUGUUAUUCGGGACAGCCACUCUUUCAAGGGGGCUUACGGCCUGGCGAUGAAGGUGGCCUCUCCCCCACCCUCUGUGCAUCAGAGCAAGAAAGGUGAUGUCACUAACGAGCUGGUGAGGCACUUCCUGAUUGAAAGCAGCCCCAAAGGAGUGAAGCUGAAGGGUUGUCCCAAUGAGCCUUACUUUGGCUGUCUGUCUGCAUUGGUCUACCAACACGCCAUCACACCACUGGCCCUGCCCUGCAAACUACUCAUUCCCACUACAGAUCUCUUAGAGGAACAACCAGAGGUAGCGGCACCAAAUCCUCUGGCAGAAAGGCUGAAACAAGGAGCAGACAUCCCUGUUACCCCAGUGCAGAAGGCCCCUGCUGAUUCCCAUGCAUGCAAUGUGCUGUACAUCAACUCAGUGGAGAUGGAGUCCCUGACAGGCCCCCAGGCUGUUUCUAAGGCCAUAUCUGAGACACUGGCUGCCACUUCUCCAUCGACUGCCACCAUUGUGCACUUCAAGGUGUCAUCACAAGGCAUCACGCUGACCGACAACCAGAGGAAGCUUUUCUUCAGACGCCACUACCCCACCAACUCUGUCACGUUCUGCGAUAUCGACCCUCAGGACAGGAAGUGGAGCAAACUUGAGGGAGGCUCAGCCAAACUGUUUGGGUUCGUGGCACGUAAGCAGGGAAGCACAACCGACAAUGUCAGCCACCUCUUCGCUGAGAUGGACCCUGACCAGCCUGCCAGCGCCAUCGUCAACUUUGUCACGAAGAUGAUCGGCUCACAGAAACGAUGAAAGCCGUCAGCAAACCCCUGGCACUUUUUUAAAUGCCUUUGGUUAUUAUCUUUCCUUUUAACCACGGACACUUACUUUCUGUUUCGGACAUUUAAGCCUUCGGAUCUACGCGUCACCUUAUUUUUUUCCUGCUCUUUUACAUUCGUCUUUGUGUCUGUGUGUGUAUGUAAGCAAAUGAAAGUAAAAAAAAGAUGAAGUGAGUGUGCGUCUGAGUGUGUGAGCGGCUUGCAUGCAUGUGCUUUUUCUUCUUGGGUGGACUCCAGAACGGACCAGAGGAAGUGCAGGAUGGGGAAGGGCUGUGUGUGACAAUGGGACGGGAGGCGGAGCUGAUCUCCCUGGCAGGGUAAAUUUGUGAACAGGAAGAGGGAAUGACAUAGUGUGUGCAAAUGUUAUUUUUUUAGCAAUUGUCUCAUUUUUUAUUUUUUGUUUAAAAGAAGAAGUCAAGUUGUGCGAUGUAAAGGUGGAUUGUAAAUCUAUCAGGCUUUUUGACUGGUCAACCAAAGAUUUUAAAAAAGUAGUCAGGGCACGGAUAGUGUGCCACUGUCGGAGGGUCAGAAGUAUUCUUUUUGUAAAACAAAUAUGGCUGCUUAAUCAAAAAUACUGAACUGUCUCUUUUCUGUAUGUACUGAUACUGUAGGUCAAUUCUGCACCGCUGCAGACAAUGUUUGCAGCUGGUUACGUCUCUGUAAAUAAUCUAGAUCGCUUUAUGAGUAGGACUGUUAUUGAUAGACAUUUGGUGCCUGACUUUAUUUUGUAACGCAGAGCUUUUUAAGAAAAGAAGAAAAAAAAAACACACCACUCUUCCAGGCUGUCUUAAAUAUGAAAAUAGCCAAAUAUAAAAAAUAAGGUUGUUCUCCAAAAAAAAAUUCCACAGUCCUUCCUGUUUGAUGCAGUAGAGUGGCUCUAAUUGCAACACAUUGCUCUGUGAGAAAGUUGUCUAAUAAUAUCAUGUGAAUGGAAAAGCAUCGUUAAGAAAGCGUCUGGAUCGUUGCAUCAACAGCGUAUGUUUUGUUCAGACAAGCAUAGAGGAGGUUUCGCUUUGUACUCUCCGUUAUUCUGCGUUUACAUUAUCUCACUACUGAAGGGCCUACUGUUGCUUUGUGAGGACGGGCUUUAUUUAAACAACGACCGUCUAGCUAAACUGCUCUUCAUUUUUCCGCAUUCAACUCCUCGACCAAUAGAAAGAAGCUCUUUGCGUCAGCCGGCCAAAAAUGUUAACACCCACACCCUACCCAAAAGUAAGCUAUUCAUAUAAAUAUACAUAUAUAGAUAUAUAUAAAAACUUCCAAACAGUGACUUAAGAUAUUUAUUUUUUGUUUGCUUUGUUGCUCUAUGUUAUCUUGUAUACAUGUAUUAUAAAGUAUACAUCAAAUUUACUGAACGCCAGAACAAAAGGUUGCUUUUUAUUCUGGCUAAAGUCAAGUGCGUUGACAUAUAUAAAGAUGUAAAGUGUGUGCAUUUCAAAGUGUAUCACUGUUUUUUUGAAUGUUUUUUUUUUUCACAGCAUUACUUCUUUGUUAACUUUCUUUGUGGAGCUUUUUUAUUUGGUUGUUUGUUUUUGAAGAGAGGAGAAAUAUUUUGUAUGAACGAUUGUUAUUACAAAGUCCAAAUUGGAGUUUUUCUAAAGUGAUGCCAACAUAAUUGUUGUAGUAACUUAAACCUGCCUAGAAAAGACAUUGUCCAAGUUGAGCACUUAUAUUUUGAAGUAUUAUCAGUGUGUUUGAAUUGUACAAAAAGGUAUGGACGCUGACAGACACAUUUCAUGUUUUUGUGUGGAGGCAGACUUCUCAUUCCCCAAAAUGAUCUGGUCCGAUCAGUCGGUGUCUGCUGCCCCCUUGUGGUGUUUAAAGAGCAUAACAAAAGGAACCACUUUCUAUUCUUAUACAGUGUUUUAGCUGUGAAGUCAAAGGGUAAAUGUUUGACGAAUUUGAUCACAGAGGAAAGGAACUUUACAACUUUAAUGUCGAUUCAUAUGCUAAUUUUAUUUGCUUUUUUUUUGUAGUUGAUUUUUAAGUCCCAUCAAGGAAUGUGUAAUAGUAUUAAAACUCGCUCCUUUAUGCCUGAUGCUUUAUCAGCUGGCAGCAUGUUGUAAACUAAAUAAGAAUAAAUAAUGGUUAGUUUAGAGGCAAACAUUUUAUACAGAGUACUCCUUCAAAAAUAAAAAGUACAGCACUUACAGAGCUUGUAUUUCUGGCUCGAAUAAUUCAAUAUUUAUUAGAACGAGCUUGCAUGCUCCGGUCAAAUCGUUAGCUCAACAUAUGUACACACAGUAUCCUCCAGUCAUACUCUAUCCAGCCCUUUCCUAAAACAAUGCCACUGAUGGUUAUCAUCAGGUUUUUGGUUUCACAUGACAUCAGUGUCUUGACUUGGGCUAUGAGAAAAAAGAAUCUAUUUUUGCCUACUUAGUGCUCGAUGAAAAAAAAAAACCAUGAACUUCAAACUGAAUGUUAAUCAUUUGUUUGCCAAGAUGAAAACACAGAGACAUCUGCCCACUUGGACAGACUGGUCCGGACUGUAGAAUGAGUGAAUGAGCUUCUAUGCCUGUAUAGAGCUUUGUCUUUUUUUUUGGUUUGCUACAUUGUAUGGCUUUUACUAUUUCUGAUGAAAAACACAUUAAAAAGCAGUACAAAUCAAAAAAGAA